UCUUCCCACCAAUUGGCCAACUUCUCUUCAAAAAAACCCAUUUGAAUUCCUUUCCGUUUACUAGAGAAAAGAAGGAAAAACUCCCCCUCUUCUCUUCUUCCACUCCUGUUUGUAUAUAGUAGUAUUUUUAUUUCAAAUAUCUUUGUUAUCUAAUGCCUAGAGAAAGAGAUCCUUUGGUUGUUGGCCGUGUGAUUGGGGAUGUUUUGAACCCCUUCAACAGGUCUAUAUCUCUUAGAGUUACCUACAACAACAGGGAAGUUACCAAUGGAUGUGAGCUUAGACCCUCAGCUGUAGUCAACCAACCAAGGGUUGAAAUUGGAGGCAAUGACCUAAGGACUUUUUAUACACUGGUGAUGGUGGAUCCUGAUGCUCCAAGUCCGAGUGAUCCAACACUAAGGGAGUAUUUGCAUUGGUUGGUAACCGAUAUACCGGCGACAACAGGUGCAGGCUUCGGACAAGAGAUAGUGUGCUAUGAGAGCCCGCGCCCAACGGUUGGGAUUCAUCGAUUUGUUUUCGUAUUGUUCCGACAGCUUGGCCGACAGACUGUCUAUGCUCCAGGUUGGCGGCAGAAUUUCAACACCAGAGACUUUGCUGAGCUUUACAACUUAGGAUUGCCAGUUGCCGCAGUGUAUUUUAACUGUCAGCGAGAGACAGGUUCCGGUGGAAGAAGGGGAUAACACAUGAACCAAAAUGUUAUAAAAUAUAAAAAGAAAAGAAAAAAUGGAGUCCCUUUUUCUUCUCUUCCCUUAUCAAUGCUCCUAUAGAGAACUUUCAUUGAGGUAUAAAUACAUGUAAUAUGUAGUAUCUACGUAUAUAUGAUAUGCAUCUUAAAUAUAAUAAAAGUGAGUGAAUUUACUAAA